GUCAGUUUCCUCGGCGGCGCAGGAGCGAGCACCCCAAGCGGCGCGCGGGGUCACCCGACACGGCGGCGGCGGCGCGGGCAGACCCAGGGCGCGGCGGACCCCACUCGCACGGCAGCGCACUCGGAGCCCCGCGCAGGGUCGCGAUGCUGCCCGCUUUGGCGCUGGUCCUGCUGGGCGCCUGGACGGCUCGGGCGCUGGAGGUGCCCACCGACGGCAAUGCCGGCCUGCUCGCCGAGCCCCAGGUCGCCAUGUUCUGCGGCAAACUGAACAUGCACAUGAAUGUGCAGAAUGGAAAAUGGGAGUCAGAUCCGUCUGGGACCAAGACCUGCAUCGGCACUAAGGAGGGCAUCCUGCAGUACUGCCAGGAGGUCUACCCUGAGCUGCAGAUCACCAAUGUGGUGGAAGCCAACCAGCCAGUGACCAUCCAGAACUGGUGCAAGAGGGGCCGCAGGCAGUGCAAGACCCACGCCCACAUGGUGAUUCCCUACCGCUGCUUAGUUGGUGAGUUCGUGAGCGAUGCCCUCCUCGUUCCCGACAAGUGCAAGUUCUUACACCAGGAGAGGAUGGAUGUUUGUGAAACCCACCUCCACUGGCACACUGUCGCCAAAGAGACCUGUAGUGAGAAGAGCACCAACCUGCAUGACUAUGGCAUGUUGCUGCCAUGUGGAAUUGACAAGUUCCGAGGAGUGGAGUUCGUAUGUUGCCCACUGGCCGAGGAGAGUGACAACAUCGAUUCCGCAGACGCAGAAGAGGAUGACUCAGAUGUCUGGUGGGGUGGAGCAGACACAGACUAUGCUGAUGGGAGUGAAGACAAAGUGGUGGAAGUAGCAGAGGAGGAGGAAGUGGCUGACGUGGAGGAAGAAGCUGAGGAUGACGAGGAUGAUGAGGAUGGCGAUGAGGCAGAUGAAGAGGCAGAGGAACCCUAUGAAGAGGCUACGGAGAGAACCACCAGCAUCGCCACGACCACCACCACCACCACAGAGUCUGUGGAAGAGGUAGUCCGAGAGGUGUGCUCUGAACAAGCCGAGACCGGGCCCUGCCGAGCCAUGAUCUCCCGCUGGUACUUUGAUGCGUCCGAGGGGAAGUGCGCCCCAUUCUUUUACGGCGGAUGUGGUGGCAACCGAAACAACUUUGACACAGAGGAGUACUGCAUGGCGGUGUGUGGCAGCGUCAUGUCCCAAAGUUUACUCAAGACUACCCAGGAACCUCUUCCCCAAGAUGCUGUUAAACUUCCUACAACAGCAGCGAGCACUCCUGACGCAGUUGAUAAGUAUCUGGAGACCCCUGGGGAUGAGAACGAACAUGCCCAUUUCCAGAAAGCCAAAGAGAGGCUGGAGGCCAAACACCGAGAGAGAAUGUCCCAGGUCAUGAGAGAAUGGGAAGAGGCAGAACGCCAAGCAAAGAACUUGCCUAAAGCUGAUAAGAAAGCAGUUAUCCAGCAUUUCCAGGAGAAAGUGGAGUCUCUGGAGCAGGAAGCAGCCAACGAGAGACAGCAGUUGGUGGAGACACACAUGGCCAGGGUGGAGGCCAUGCUCAACGACCGCCGCCGCCUGGCUCUGGAGAACUACAUCACAGCCCUGCAGGCCGUCCCCCCUCGGCCUCGUCAUGUGUUCAACAUGCUGAAGAAGUAUGUCCGUGCUGAGCAGAAAGACAGACAGCACACCCUGAAGCAUUUUGAACACGUCCGCAUGGUGGACCCAAAGAAAGCCGCUCAGAUCCGGUCCCAGGUCAUGACUCACCUCCGCGUGAUUUACGAGCGCAUGAACCAGUCUCUCUCCCUGCUCUACAAUGUACCUGCAGUGGCCGAGGAGAUUCAGGAUGAAGUGGAUGAGCUGCUUCAGAAAGAGCAAAACUACUCAGAUGACGUCUUGGCCAACAUGAUCAGUGAACCGAGAAUCAGUUAUGGGAAUGACGCGCUCAUGCCAUCUCUGACCGAGACGAAAACCACCGUGGAGCUUCUCCCCGUGAACGGAGAGUUCAGCCUGGAUGACCUCCAGCCCUGGCAUCCUUUUGGGGUCGACUCUGUGCCAGCCAAUACAGAAAAUGAAGUUGAACCCGUGGACGCCCGCCCUGCAGCUGACCGAGGACUGACCACGCGACCAGGUUCAGGGCUGACAAAUAUCAAGACUGAAGAGAUCUCUGAAGUGAAGAUGGAUGCAGAGUUCCGACAUGACUCAGGAUAUGAAGUUCAUCAUCAAAAAUUAGUGUUCUUUGCAGAAGAUGUGGGUUCCAAUAAAGGGGCCAUCAUUGGACUCAUGGUAGGAGGUGUUGUCAUAGCAACAGUGAUCGUCAUCACCUUGGUGAUGCUGAAGAAGAAACAAUACACGUCCAUCCAUCACGGCGUGGUGGAGGUGGAUGCUGCCGUAACCCCAGAGGAGCGCCACCUCUCCAAGAUGCAGCAGAACGGCUACGAAAACCCAACUUACAAGUUCUUCGAGCAGAUGCAGAACUAGACCACGCCACAGCAGCCUCUGAAGUUGGACGGCCAAACCGUUGCUUCACUACCCAUCGGUGUUCAUUUAUAGAAUAACGUGGAAAGAAACAAACCCUUCUGUUUUAUUAUUUACUCGGUAUAUCGCCUUUUGACAGCUGUGCUAUAACACAAGUAGAUGCCUGAACUUGAAUUAAUAUACAAAUCAGUAAUGUCUUCUCUCUUUACAUUUUGGUCUCUACACUACAUUAUUAAUGGGUUUUGUGUACUGUAAAGAACUUAGCUGUAUCAAACUAGUGCAUGAAUAGACUCUCCUGAUUAUUUAUCACGUAGCCACUUAGCCAGUUGUAUAUUAUUCUUGUGGUUUGUGACCCAAUGAAGUCCUACUUGAAAUAUGCUUUAAGAAUCGAUGGGGGUGCUUCGUGUGGAUGUGGGAGUUAGCUGCUUCUCUUGCCUAAGUAUUCCUUUCCUGAUCACUAUGCAUUUUAAAGUUCAACCUUUUUAAUUAUUCCAAAUGAUUUACAGGUUUUUUUUCCACAACUGCAUUUUGUUGUACAGAUUGCAGCUUCUGCUCUCUUUGUGAUAUAGGAAUUAUGAGGAUACACGUGUAUUUCUUUGUGCCUGUUUUAUGUGCACACAUUAGGCAUUGAGAAUUGAAACUUUUUUUGUCCAUGUAUCUUCGGAUCUUUGAUAAAGAAGAGAAUCCCUGUUCAUUGUAAGCACUUUUACUGGUGGGGGGUGGGGGGGUGCUCUGCUGGUCUCAAAUUACUAAGAAUUCGCCCCAAAAAUUUUCUGCAGGAUGAUUGUACAGAAUCAUUGCUUCUGGCCGUGAUAGCUUUCUACACUGUAUUACAUAAAUAAAUUAAAUAAAAUAACCCUGGGCAAGAGUUUUCUUUGAAGGAUGACUAUAGACUCUUCAAAUUACUAUGGGGGUGGGAGGGGAGUAGGAGAGAAGCAGAUUCAAUUUCCUUUAGCCGGUCAUCAACAUUUUAUUUAUGAUACCAAAAGAUGAAAGAGGAAGAGGCAAAGUAAGAAACUGGAGAAGGCAUGCCUGGACAAACCCUUUCAGUUUUGUCUUCAAUUUGUAUAAACUGGUGUUUUCAUGUAAAUAAAUACAUUCUUGGAGGAGCA